UUUGGGCCGUCCGGGAGAAACUCGAGGUUCAAUCAGAACACCUGCGGAGGAGGAAGAAGAGGACAAAAUAAACUGACACCAACUCAACUGCAACAUGGGGAUAUCUGUAUCUUUUUUGUUUUUAGCUUUGGGAUUAAUACAUCCUAUCAAUAUGUCGUUUCCUGUCCUUCCUGGAGAUUUGGAGGGAUCAGGAUAUGACCUUGACAGUUCUGGCUCUGGGGAUUGGUCACAACAAGGUGAAAUGGAAAACAUUGAGUAUCACCCCAACAGCAAAGAUGUCAGAACGUUUACAGCAAACCCAGGAGGUGGAACCAAGAAUACGCUCCAUGAUUCUUCAGUCCUGAACUUUGACGGUGCACACAAAGACAGCGGAUCAGCAUUUGUUGUUGUGGCAAACAGCAAGAGUUUCUUGGAGAACAAAGAAGUCUUUGCCGCUGUUAUUGCAGGAGGAGUAACAGGAGUGGCACUUGCAGCUGCACUGGCAGCACUAUUAAUCUACACAUGGCAAAAGAAAGAUAAUGGAGGAUACAUUCUGGGCCAGCAGAGGGCUUCAGACGAAGAUUAUCACAGACCUGACAGGGAAUAAGUUGUUGUUUAACUUAAAACUUUCACAAUAAUGUUUGUGUUCAAAGGCAAUGAUUCUCAAUGUAGGGUCCAGGGACCCCCAGGGGUCUGUGGCACUCUGUCAGGGCGUCUCUGGAAAGUUUUCAAAUUCUUUCAUUUAAAUUAUCAUGAUAUUAGUCUGGAUCGACGACAGUUCAUUUACCGGAUAGUUUCCGGCGCUGCCGGUAGUUCCACCGGAUGUCCCUCACCUUCUGCUUUCUUUGUGUUUACAUUCUAAACUCUGGUCACUUUGAGAGCAAAUUACGUUAAACCAUGUAUCUAGAUAAUUUAAACCGCUCACGUUACUGUAUUGUGUGAACAGUUAACUUAAUUUAAUAUUGUAUGUGGCGUUUUCUUUAGCGGGGUGCAAAUGUUCCGCCAAAACAAGUUCCUUCCCGAGACUAUUUUGCAGAGCCAUCGUCGCUCCGUGUGGAGCUUAGCGCAGCCCAUGACCAUUGUGAUUGGUUUAAAGAAAUGCAAACAACCCCGACCGUUUUUUUUUCUCCUAUCCAGGAGUUUAUUUUUUUUACAAAAGGCUUCAUAGUUCAACAAAUAUUAUUUUAAUUUUUAAAUCUAUGAUAAUAACUACUAUAAAAAUUACUUUUUAAUCUAACAAACCUGUAACUCUUAGAAUCUGCAAAUAUGUCAAAUAAUACAUUUCCAUUUUGUUGUUCUUUUACAUAACUGAGACUAUAGAAGUGUAAAAAAUUGUCUACAUUGAAUCAGUCCAAGGGACGUACACAUGGGGGGCCCCGGUAUAGUCUCUAUCUUAUAAGGGGUCCUUGAGAAUUGAGAAGCUUCUGCUCUAAGGUGUUCUAGGGUUCUCGCACUUAAUGCACAUGUUUUUGCAGUUCAUUGAUAAUUUAUUUACAGUAUAGUAAUGACAAAUAUGAAGAAUUGUCUUUAUUUACUACCUUUAACAAAGAUUGAGAUUGCUUGAUUGUACACAGGGCCAUAGUAAGUAACACUGAGGAUAAUGAGGUUUUGCUACUCAGUUUAACUUUUUGUGGAAAGCAAGUGUAGUCAGCCGGUGCAUAUAAUCUUAUAUGACUUAUGUUUAUGGUUGAAAGAAGAUGGUCAAAGCUGCACUAUGUGAUUAAUUAAUUAUUAACCAUGUAUAAUACACUUUGCUAUGUUAUUGUUUUAAAGUGGCAGCUUUUUUCAAAACAUUUUUGUAGCAUUUAAGAUCUAGAGUGACUUCACCAGAAUGGUUUUAUACAGAAAAUGCUUGUCUUUUCAUGGAAGACAUUUUGACAUGUAACAGUAGAAAAGCACAGAUGUAAAAAAUAAAAUAAGAAU